CUGCUUUAUUUCCUUAUUGUUUUUUUUUUCUUUGUUGAUGGACUUCUGCAUGGAACACUUCUCAGUUCUCAAAUUCGUUGCUGUUUUCAACUAUUAGAACAUUCUUAUUACCAAAUUUUCAACUGUUUGAAUGUACCUAUUACUGACCUUGCAAACGUCAAAUUAUAUGGCUUCUAAGAUAACUGUGCAGUUUUCUUUUACUCCCCUCUCCGUUUUGACAUAUUUGCUUGGUGGUUUUUUUUUUUUUUGAAAAGAAACAGCUUUUUAUUGAAAAUGCAAAAAACAAGUUACAAGGAGUCCGCUUUAAAGAUCUAAAAAGGGCAGCUAGGGCUAUAGGCUUAGCAUCUCGACUAAUAAUACUAAUCAAGGCUUAGGGGCUUAUACUACAGCUGCUUGCCAGUUAAGAAUAAUGGAAGAAAGAUUAUAAUCCUUGAAUUCCUUAGAAAUAGAAGCCCAUAAGGAUGCCCAGAACUUGACGCUCUCCCACAGGUCUUCCCUCUCCACCCCUCCAUAGUUUUCAAAUAGUCUUUUAUUUCUUUCCAUCCAGACCACCCAAAUUACAGCUAGCACUCCACAACCCCAAAGGGUUCUGGCCUUUUUCCCUUUACCAAAAGCUAUAGGGUUUUCUCUUAGCAAGUCACUUCUCUCUAAUGGAGUUUUCCAGUCCACUCUUGCCUCCCUAAAUAACUUUUUCCAUAAGAAAUUAGCCACUUCACAAUGCACAAAGACAUGAUCAGCAUUUUCCCCUAAAUAACUUUUAUUUUUAUUUUAUUUUUCCGAUGCACAUAUUUUGCUUGGUUUCUUACCUUCUUUUACAGUAAUUUGUUUUUAUAUUGAAACGAUAGCUAGAUAUUAUAUGGCCCCAUUUAUUUUAAAAAUAAUAGUGAGAUAUUAUGGAUAUUUUGUUGUUUGAGAAUAGUUUAGGUACAAUUAAAAUCACCCUCAGUGUACAGGUUGAUGUACAAUACCAAUUUUUUCCUCGAUUCAGUACUUUCGAUCUGGUUUGUUAUACGUACAAUUAAAUGCACCCUCAGUGUACAGGCUUUGGUGGCCAGAAAUGAUGGUGUUUGGAGCAAAGAUCUCAUAACUGCUCUACGUAAAAUUUGUCCAAUGGUCAGUAGUGAGAUCAGCUCUGAGGCUGCUGCAGCUGAGGUAGAGGGAUAUGGUGCAUCAAAACUUACUGUUGACUCUGCCGUGAAGUACCUACAACUCGCAAAUAAGCUCUUUUCUCAAGCUGAACUUUUUCAUUUCUGUGCAAGCAUUCUGAAACUUGUUAUUCCAGUUUAUAAAAGCAGGCGGGCAUAUGGACAGCUGAGCAAAUGUCACACAAUGCUUACUAAUAUAUAUGAAUCAAUCCUUGAGCAGGAAUCAAGCCCAAUUCCAUUCACUGAUGCAACAUACUAUAGGGUAGGGUUUUAUGGUGAUAGAUUUGGAAAAUUAGACAGAAGGGAAUAUGUAUACAGGGAGCCACGUGAUGUAAGACCAGGUGACAUAAUGGAGAAACUUAGCCAUAGCUACGAGUCUAGUAUGGAUGGAAAUCACGCCUUACACAUCAUUCCGGAUUCUAGGCAGGUAAAGGCAGAUGAGUUGCAGUCUGGAGUAUGCUAUUUUCAGAUAACUGCUGUUGAUACUGUCAUGGAAGAUGAAGAUUUGGAAAGCAGAAGGAAGAGAAUCUUUUCUCUUUCGACAGGAAGUGUUCGUGUGCGAGUCUUUGACCGCUUUUUGUUUGAUACACCUUUUACGAAAAAUGGAAAAACUCAAGGUGGAUUGGAAGACCAGUGGAAGAGGCGGACUGUUCUUCAGACUGAAGGUUCAUUCCCAGCUCUUGUUAACAGGCUUGUAGUUACUAUAUCCGAAUCGCUUGAGUUCUCCCCUGUAGAAAAUGCCAUUGGAAUGAUUGAAACUUGGACGGCUGCUCUACGUAAUGAACUUGAAGAGCCUCGCAGUUCUGAGGGGGAUCAACUCCCGCGUCUCCAGAGCCGGCAGAGAAUUCUUCAAGGAAGUAUUGCAGUUCAGGUCAACAGUGGUGUUCUAAGUGUGUGCACUGCAUUCCUUUCUGGUGAGCCUGCCACACGGUUGCGGUCACAAGAAUUGCAGCAACUCAUUGCGGCUCUCCUUGAUUUAUGGCUGUAUGCAAGCGUGCCAUCCAUGUACACUUCAGAUUGAUUGGUGAGGAAGACCAAGAAUUCCACACACAGCUUGUGAAUGGAUUUCAAUCUCUAACUGCUGAGUUAUCUCAUUAUAUCCCUGCCAUCCUGUCCGAGCUGUGACAUUAUUGUAUCAUAAUUACAGUAUCAUUGCUUCAUUUUUUGGCCUCAGUGCUGUUGUUGCAAGUGUGUCGAUUUUUCCCAUCUAGUGUGCAACAUAUUCCAUGGUUGUGACCCAUGUAUCAGCAGCAUGAAUAUUGUUUUCUAUACGCUUUAUGAAUGUUAUUGAGCUGUUUAUUUUGUAUUUCAUUUUUCUGGAUA